GAGAAAUUUAACAUGGCGUAGCACAUCAAAAUGGAGGAAAAGAGAGACAUCUUUGAUAAUAAUAUUGUUUAGUUUAGCUUACAAGCUGUAUAAGUGCUAAUGCUGAGGCAGUAGUGAUCUAAACUGUAUACAAUGACGGAAGAAGGAACAGUUUUGAGUUUAACCGAUGAUGAGGAUGAUUUAGAGGAUGAGCCUUUACCUGAAUUGUCCGGAACAUUGUGCAAAUGGACGAAUUAUUUACAUGGUUGGCAGGACAGAUAUAUUGUUUUGAAAGACAGCGCAAUAAGUUAUUAUAAAUCCGAAGAUGAAAUAGCAUUUGGUUGCAGAGGUGCUGUAUCUCUCUUAAAAGCAAAUGUUACUGUAAGUAAUACCUGAGUUAACUAAAGCAGUAAUACUUUUAAUUAAAAAAAGUAAUCACCACAGACUUGUAUUGCCGAUAAUAAUAACUUUAAUAACGAAGUGGAUGCAUACACCGCGGCGGUGUACCUAGCGAAACCAUCGGCUUUGGCCUGCGUAAACCGCAGCGGUGUACCUAGUGAAAUCGUGGGUUUUGGCCUGGGUACACUGCAGCAAAAAUGUACCAUUGGCCUGGUUUUAAGAUAUGCCUGUUAGAAAAGAUCUUGUGUGGUCAAGUGGUAGAGUGGACGCUUGGCGAUAUUAUAUAAUGAGAUCAAUUCCGAGUUUUUUUUCCCCAUUUUAAUUAAAAAUCUUUUAUAUUUAAAUUAUCAUGUUCAUUUGCAACAGUAGUUUCAUGAGAAGUUUUUAAAUAUUUUGUAGCAAUUUAAACAAUUUAAAUAUAUGUUAUAUUCAGGUUACGAAGUGUCUACACGUCCGGCGCGCCGGACGUGUAGUGCGCAAGAUACACGUCCGGCGACUUGUCACGUGACCGCCGGACAUGGCCGGACGGCUAGUAGUUUUUAUAAUUCCAAACGAAGUACGAUUUAGUACAUCUUGUCUGGUCUUGUGGUAGAGUGGUUGCUUGACGAUAGGAAUGUUUGAGGAUCUAUACCGGGGAUAGGGUCGUUUUUUUUCUUCCCAUUUUAAUUAAAAUAUUUUGUAUAUAUUUAUAUUAUCAUGUUCCUCAGCAACAGUAGUUUCAUGAGAAGUUUUUAAAUAUUUUGUAGCAAUUGAAAUAAUUUAAAAUGAAAUCUUUAACUUUUAUUGGUUGCCACACUGGCCCCUAAUUUAUUUUAUGGAUUACUGGUACACAAAAAAUAACAAACUAAACAAAAAUGUUUACAAGCCACUUUCACUUAAGUUUCUUUUUCUAUUAUUUGCAUUCAAGAUACUCAGUACAUUACUUGGUAGAGAAAUACAUUUUAAAAUUAACAAUAAAUUUGAAUUAUUCACAGUCACGUGACAAGGCUGACCGACAAGAUAUCUCUCGCCACUUUGUUACGGUGGUCAUGUGACUUGGUCGCCGGACACAUAGUGCGGGAGAUAGAUGUCCGGCGCGCCGGACGUGUAGACGUGUAUUAAGUGUUUCAACAUGUUGCCUUUUAAUUUGAAAAUCCCGGUAAUAUUCAUAAUAAGACAUUAGAAAACAAACUGAAAGUUUCCAAAAGCGCAUGUAUAGUGUAUGUAACGUUUAUAAGAGAAACAUUUUGAAUACUAAGUUACUAGAGUGAUAUUUUAUUGUAUUUCAACAUUCAUCGUGUAGUUGAAUAAUAUAUUGACAUUUUACUUUUACCAACACCCAAAGAAAAUACCAGUAUAUCAAUAAUAUCAUAUGAAUAUUAAUGUGCAUGGUUGUAUUUCAACCAUCUUGCUUUCACUAUACAUUGGCAAAAUGUACACACGAUAUCAACGGUUCAUUCACAACCCUCAGUCUCACAGCAAAACUUUUCAAAACACCACGAUUUUAGAAACUUACGGCGCGGUAGCAAACUGUAUAGCAAAGCCAUAGCUUUAGGUCUGCGUUUACCCUGUUCAUGACGAAAUUUGUUUCCAGAAUGGCGUGGCAUGUGCUAUUCUCAGGGUAAAACACAACGUUUUCCCACAGAAAUCAUUGCACAAAGCGCUUGGGACAGGAUUUGCGCUAUUUCAAAUUUUUUUAAUUUGUUAUUUUUUGUUAAGACAUUGAUCCUUGCUGAGGUUUGGAGGUGAGUUAUGGGCAGAGGCUUAACCAAAAAGGGGGCCUACACAAAUCACGGCUCUGGAUAGGGGUUGUCCACAAAGGACGUCCGCGCAACAAACUUACCUUUUGCAUCCCCCCAACCCGGAGAGUGUUGGGGGGGGGGGGAUGCUGAUGUCCGCCGGCAUUUUUUACUAAUGUGUAAUGCCAAUCUAAUUCAAUGAUAGUUAAUUAUUGCUAAAAGACUUUAAAAAAUCGCUGCAGUUUUUCGUAUUGAUCAUCAUACUGUUGUUUUGUGUUAACAAUUGCUUGAUAUCUGUAACACACAUGCUCUGACAUCAUUAUCACUGUAACUUAUUUCUUAGGCUGUGGGUUAUGUCAGUAGCACGGUUACUUGUUUUAAGUUAGUAAUUCAGAAUGCCGGCUAAGACUUCAUCGUUCUUCCUCGUAUUAUCCAGGCACGUAAAUAAGAAUACUGAAUCCUGGUUAAACUGACAGUACUUUAUUAAAUCACAGUUUACACAGAUAAUAUUAAUAAUAAUCCUGCAUGAAUGUAAUCAUUUCACAUAUAUAUAUAUAUAAUAUUCCAUCACUCAGAAAGACACGUCCUCACACUGCUAUAACUCAGCUCAACUGUACUACAUCUCAACUCUAACUCAACUCCGACUAACUCUGACUCUCCUUGCGCUCAGCUCUCCUUAUCUCAGUCAACUCAUACUUUAUUACCAGCAAAGCGUGGAAAACAACCGCUCUGACAAAAAUAUAAUUUUACUCUCCAAAAACGUGGAGCUCACAUUGUCCUCUCAAAAUACAUGGUCAACACAAUUCACUGUUCACUCAUGCUACCUCUCUGUUUUCAUGUGAAAACAUUGUCCGUUACAAUAUCACAAUGUCAAUGCCUCGGACAACUUUAACUUCACCACUUCAUGAUCUAUGUAUGUGAUUCUCUUCCCAUAAUGUCUUUGUGGCGUAAUUAUAUGUUGGUGCUAACAAAAUAGAUACACUGGCUUCCCAUUCAUUUUUACACCGCCUCCCGAGGGAUCAUAUACAAUGUUAUAAUUAUAAUGCCUUCCCCCCCACCCCAAAAAAAACAUGGUUUAACGUUACACCCCCAGACCGCUCCCUUCCAAUAAAUAAUAAGAAAUGCUCUACAAGUACUUUGCUACGUCAGCGUGGAACUUAGUCAAUAUCUUCCUCCAAAGGGGCCAUCCAUAAAGUACGUCACGCUAUUUUUGACCAUUUUUAACCCCCCUCCCCAUCACAAACUGUCACAAAUCUCGGAACCCCCCACCCCCCUCCUUAAGUACUUCACACUUUCGAACAAAAUUUUUGUUUAAUUAACCCCUAAUUAAAAUUUAAUCUAAAACACACUUCACUAUUAAACUGUAUUGAAAUAUAAAAUUUCCACUUAAUUUCCACUAUCACAUUAUUAAAAUGACUUUAAUAGUAGAAUAGUUAAUUGUCAAUAGUUGUUACAGUUAUUCAUUGAAGCAGUAAUUCAAUCUAGAUUGAAUUUGAAAACAAAAAUUGCAAAAAAUUAGACUAGACAAUUAUAUAAUACACAUCAUUUACCUGCUGUUUUUUCAUUUACAAUAGGUGAGGUCAAGUUUUAGAUAAUCUUCCGAUUAUGCAAUCUUUUACACAGGUUAAGAAGUAUACCAAAUGAUUAAAUAAUAAAAAGGACAGUGACAGAAUUAUGCAGCGAACAACAUAGAAAUAAUAAUACUUCAGGAAAUACGAAAGCAAGGCUAUACAUAAAACAAGGCUUCGCAACAGUGUACUAGCGCUACUAGCGAGAGGAAUCGUGAACAACACAUUCAGGAGAUUUGCAUUUUAUGCUAUUUUGACAUAAAGCUAAUUCAAAUGAUACAGAACAUUUUUGAAAAUUAUUCUUUAAAGCUAUUAAAUUCCACUAAAAAAAUAAAAAAUAAAAAAUAAAUUAGAAAUAAAAUUUAAAAAAAAAUGUGUGACGUCACACAUGGCCUGACCCCCGACCCCUUCGUCACAAACUGUCACUUUCUUACACUCCCUCUCCCCUCUGGAGCGUGACGUACUUUAUGGAUGGCCCCAAAGGUACUAAACGAUUUUUAAAUAAAUAGUUUUCAGUUUUAACAAGAGUAUAACAUUAAAUCUACAAGUACCGGUUAGGCCAAAAAGUUAAAGACUCGCAAAGACCAUUGUUUUGCUACUUUAAAUCAUUGCGGUGUACGCAGGCCACAGACAAAAAUUUAGCUAGGUACACCGCCGCGGUGUAUGCAGGCCAAAGUCAAUAGUUUUGCUAGGUACACCGCCGCGGUCUACGUAGUGCCGGCCUAAUAAUAAUUGAAAUUGAAAUGAUAUUGCAAUUUUUAAAAAAAAAAUCGCUAAAAAAAGUUUAUCUUGAAUUCAGUUAGUGAUAUAGCUAAUGAUGUCUUUCAAUAUAAAAUUGCAUUUAACGUGCGUAAAGUAUUUCUUCAUGAAUUUCUCAUUUUUGCAUAAAUCAUGGCUCAAUGUUCAAUUGGCCCCCCCCAAAAAAACAACAAAAAAAACAAAACAAAACAACAAUCACAACAAAGCAAGUUGCUGUGGAUGAGUAAAAUGUACUUUAUUUUAUUCACGGAUUGCUUCUAAAGUUAACUAUUUUCUUUUUUGAUUUUAAAAUGCCAAUGGAAUGUAUUUUAAAAUUAAUAUUUCAAAGUAAUAAAAGCGAGGUUAUUAAUACCAGUAUUAAUACCAGAAAACUGGGUUCUCAUUUUGGCUAGUUGAGUCAGAUCAUUAGAUUUAGAUAAAUGGCUUUUGACUUUAUUGAUAUGAUUUUUAUUUUAUUUAUGGUGGAACCUUUAAUAAAGUGUGUAAAAGUGUAAUUACAGUAUGCGAACCAGCUGUCGGUAGGGUUUUCAUUAUUUUGAAUAUUUUUCAAAAUAGUUUUAAUCUAUUUUUCUUCAAAUUUAUGGUUUUCUCACUACAGUGUGUAAUAGUAGGGUUGGAAGAUUUAUGCUCAAGUUAGGGAGGCUGAUAUGCGCUUUGAAGAUUUUUGCUUGAGUUAAGCUAGGGCAGUGGUCUGCAAAUCGCAACUCGUGAGAUGCAUGCCGCUCUUUAAUGUUGGCCAGAAAUUGGUUUUGACUUCGAAAAACAUGGUUCAUGACAAGAAAUUUGGCCCUCAAACAUUUUUUAAUCCCUCUGUUGCUGAUUUUUGGCUCUUUUGAUUAAUGAGAUUUCCGACCGCUGGGCUAGGGGCACUGAGUUUUCACUCUAUGGACAUUUAGCGUUCAGGUUAGGUAGAGGAAUAUAUUUUAAGUUUGAAGAUUUUUCUCCCCACAAAAAUUAAUUAGAUAUGAAUUUUUUUUCUUCUAAUUUAGAAAGAAACAGUUUCUGUAAAAUUUGAUUUGUUACUUUUUUCAAUUACUUAUUAAAUGUUUUUUAAUAUAAUAAUUUUCAUGCAACGGAAGAUUAAAAAGGUCAUUUAAAUUUUUUUUAUUCUAUAAAAAAGCACAUCUCAUCAUUUUCCUUAUUUUUAUUGGUCUCUGUAAGCAGCUAAAACACACUCUCUCCCUUUCCCCUCCACAAUUUCACCCCUUUUUUUUUGCACUACUUUUGCUGUCAUGGCAACAAAGAUGGUGACAGUGUGAAAGAUUGUUAAAAAACACAGUAAAAUAGGGUGAUUGGUCAUGCAUAAAAUUACCAAAUCAUGAAUUAAACUUACUUGAAAACUUACGCAAAAUGAAAACUUUGAAAACAUGUGGAUGCCAGUAAAGCUUAAAUCGCUGACAACGUUUCCAUUCAUAUCUUCAUGAAUUAGUAUUAUAAUUAGUAUUCCGCAACAAGUUUUGGCACCAAGAUAUGUUUGUGACCUUAUUAUCAUAUCUUAGAGAACUAUCCAGUUUGAAACACCUCCAAUGAUGUGAUUGCUGUGACAUAACAUAACUGAUAUAAUAACUGUUGUUUUAUUUACUUAAAAUGCACAUUUACCAUAUAUUGUUCAUGAAUGCUCCUCAGGUUUACUUGCUGCUAUAAUUGGUUAUUAAAAAGAUUUAGCAUUGGACUUAUAGUUUUUGAGCUAUAAUUUUUUUAAAUCCAAGGCUACCUGCCAGGGCAAUUCUUGGGUACCUGAUUUUAAGAAGUUUUUUUUUUUUAAAUCAUAAAAAACAAUAAAAUUAGAAUUUUUUUAUUUUGACGCGCCCACUAUGGCCUGUUAUUCCCACUAGUGCUUGUCUGCUAAGGGUGGCGAUUGCACGUUUGGUGGAUUGUCACGUUUGAUGCAUCUUCAAGUGCAAAGAGUAGAAACUAAACUAUAAUACAUUUUUCGGCUAAAGUUUACUGCAGUUCUUGUCAGUUCUUGUCUUAUUUUUAAAAAUGAAAACCUGUGGGUCUAUAUUCUAAAAAGUUAUGAGAGUUCAAAGGUCAACAUAUCCUCCCAAGCUCAUAGUAUAUGCAACAAAAUGCUAAGUGUACUAGAUUACCAAGGUAAGGUGAUGAAACAAUUGAAUAGAUCAAUGUAAAGUUUAUGAAAUUAAUGUAGACUAAUAGUGAUGAUCUUUUAGUUGAAGAUAUAUCUGAAACAGAAUUUUGAAAUCAAUACCAUUACAUCAGUAGAUAAUAAAACCGGCCUGCAGUAGUUGGCCAUCAAGGUGACCAUGGUAAUGGCUAUGUGGGUCGACGGGUACCAGGACAGAUGUGUUUCAAGUUUUUGACAGCUUUAGGUAGUACUUAAGCUUUUAAUAAACAGAUGUUUGAAACCACAUUUUCUCAGGUUAGAUUGGACUGUGUAAUUUUGCAUUGAUUCAGUUUUUUUUUCCUUUUCUUUUUGCUACAGCCUCAUCAGUUUGAUGAAUGUCGCUUUGAUGUAAGUGUGAAUGACAAUGUGUGGUAUCUGAGAGCAGCAAACCCUGAAGAGAGACAUACUUGGAUUGAAGCCAUUGAACUACACAAAGUAUGUUGAUAUUUAAAGCAUUCCCUGCUGUAUGUGCAAGUGUAUGCCAUACACCGACCAAUACAAUUUUAAUUUCAUUAGUUAUCUAUUAAUGAUAUGCCCUGUGGCGGUUGGUGUAAUUGGUUGUGCUGAUUUAAAGGCAUAAAAAUAAAAUAAAUUUACCUUGUUUUGUAGCAGGCUGAUUCAAGCUAUGGCAGUGAGAACAACUUGCGGCGCCAUGGAUCCGUACUGUCUCUGGCAUCUGGAACCAGUAUUUCUCAAGCCUCCACUUCAUCAUUCAAAGUGAGCAUAUCAUCACCUUUCAAAGCUUAAAAAUAUGAAAUAAAGAUUUUCAGCAAUUAAGGAAACCACUUCAAUAUUCUUUUUAUUUUUAACAAGUCUGGCUUUAAAACAAUAUAAUGUGUACUACUAAUGGAGAGUUUUAAUUUUUAAAAGUGAAUUGUUUUGGUUUGGAACUGCAUAAUGGUGGCUUUUAGUGGAGAUAAAAUCAAGUGUUAUAUGUUUACUUACUCUUAUACUUAGGCCUACUUCAUGUCUCUAUGCUUGGAAGUGCUUAAUAAAUCAGUUACCCAUUGGAAUAACUCAAUAAUGUUUGAGACAAAUCUAACUGUUGUAAAACAAAAGCAGUUGAGAACCAAAUGACACCUUUACAAGAUCACAAAUUAUGUAUUUAAGCUGCUUAAAGCUGUAAUAACACACUUGCACUGUCAUAACUCAAAUUUGCAUCAAACCCAGGUCUAUUAAAAUUAAUGUUAUAAUGAACCGAAUAGAAUUUGAGGCUGGGAUGUCUGUUCAAUAAUUCCUGAAUGAUGAGGCAUGAGCAAUGAUUCAUGAGCAUGAAUAAGAUUUGAAAUGGCUGGAGUGUUGUGAUCUUCAUCAGUGAUAUUUGUAAAGUUCUAAACCCCCCUGAAGAGACUGGGCAUUACAAAUGAUUUUGUGAGAUACGAUACAAAUAAAAAUUAAGUAGCUUUGCAAAUGAAAAUUUUUUACCCCCAUAAUGUCACUAAGGCAAGUGGACUUGCCAAACUUAGUUUACCAUAUUCACCAUGACAUAAUUUAUUUUUUCAUAUCCUGUUUGAGUGUUCCUUCAUAGGUAAAUGGCUUGAAGGCAUAGGGCAUACAAUUAUUGUUCAAUAUGUAAAUGAGAUGGGUAUAAGUAGGGCUCAAUAAUUUCUUGUUUAGAUUCCAUUCAUCAUAUCUCUCAUCACAGGUUCGGUGAUGGUUAAUGAUCUUGGCUAAAUUCUAAACUUUUAUAUGGUGAAUGGUGUAUUUUCAGGAAUAUUUGUUACUUUCCAAAUGUCAUUAGACAUCACAUCACCUAUUAUUUGUGUGGAAAGUGUCAGCUUAUAAAUUAGCUUAUGUGAUAGUAGCAUCAUGCUUGCCCAGAAAUUUCCAAGGGAUAUAUGGUCUCUAUAUGUCAAAAAAGCUGAAAAAUCUGCUGAUUUCUUCAUGUUCAGGAAUAUAGUGGUUAGUGUUGCAGGCAAAAUAAUGUUGAGAGUUGUAUCAUUAGUUGGUCUUUAUUUUUAUUUCUGUCAUCAUUUUGUCUGUAGAGUUCAAGCAGUACAAAAAGUUUUCAUGUAAAUUGACCUCAAAUGAUAUGAUUUCCUGUAAAUAUAUUAAAAGAAAAGUUUAUUCCUAAUUAUUUAAGAAACAGAUGUUGAGAAGAGGUUUUAAGAAAAAAGAGGAAUGGAAAUGUAUCUGUUAUUCUGUUCUUGAAUAAAACUUAAGAGAUUUUGAAGGAUAGUAAUAUUAUCUACCAAUCUUUCUGAAAUUCAUUAUGCCAUGAAAAAUUAUAUUUCUUUUAUUCACCAUCAAAUAAUGGUGAGGUAAAGGAGUAAUUGUUUUUGGAGAGAAACUCUUGAAAUAUCUUUUUAUAAAUAAAGAAUAUAGCCAGGAGUUUUGUUUCUGGAAGAACUGAAUAAUUAUUGAUUGUCAAAGAGUAUUUAUUUGAAAAGUUAAGUACAAAUUUCAACACUAAAAUCUGUGAUGAAAUGUUUAAAAUUGCAGCGUGGCCGUGGUUUGAAAGAAAAGCUGGCGGAAAUGGAGACUUUCAGGGAUAUUUUAUGCAGACAGAUAGACACCCUCCAAAGCUAUUUUGAUUCAUGUGCCUCUGCUGUAACUCAUGGAGCGGUAUUGGAAUGUAAGUUAAUGAUGUUAAGAUCAUUAGAUUUUCUGCUGGGUGCUUGUUAUUUUGGUGUGAUAUGAUUAAUUCUGAGAAACUGAUCAGUGUUAAGAAAUUAUUGCUAUCAGAUUUUUCCCUGCUCAUGGUUCCAGAUGGUCAACUUUGGUUGCUUUCCAUGUGACAUUCCUUUUACUAAAUGACUCUCAGAUGGUCUCAUAAAAACUUCAUUUUAAAGUGUCACUUCUUUGGAUUUAUCUGAACUAAAUAAAAAUACUUUGAACUUAUUAAUGUUUCAUUACUAUUAUAUUUUGUAACCAAAUAUUAGUUCAAAUGACUUGGUUGCUUUCCAUGUGACAUUCCUUUUACUAAAUGACUCUCAGAUGGUCUCCUAAAAACUUCAUUUUAAAGUGUCACUUCUUUGGAUUUAUCUGAACUAAAUAAAAAUACUUUGAACUUAUUAAUGUUUCAUUACUAUUAUAUUUUGUAACCAAAUAUUAGUUCAAAUAUUUUCUGCAAUUUAUCAUUUGCCAGAUGUAUUUUCUGUGGGAAAAGCCUUUGUAUUCUUAAAACAUAUUGUUAUAGUAUUUAACCUUUAAAUAUGAUGAAUGUAUUUUCUUAUUUUAAAUUUUGUAAAAUGAAACAUUUAUGAAACAUGCAUACGUUGACUUGUAUAUUAUUUUUGAGUCUGUUUAUGUUAUAUUGAGAAAUUGUUGCAGCUAGAGAUUUAAGUUAAGUUAUUUCUUUCUACUCCAGCAGUUUAUGCCUGGUCACCAAUAUAUUAAAUGCUUUUAAAAUUAGUGAAACUCUGUUUUAUUGUUUUUCGACCAUUUAAAUUCAGUUAUCUCGGGCCCUUAAUUAAUAAAUCUCUGUGGUAUCUGUAGAAUUCUAAUCUUUAUAGGAAAUGUUAUUUUCCAUAUUUUCACCAAGAACUUAAUCACUUAUUUAUUUAGUGAAUGAACAUGAUGACCUUGAUGAUGAUUUUGACAUUUCACAUCCUGAGAUUCAUCAUCAUAGACUAGAUGGUUUGAGGGGGAAAGACCUUGGUAAGUCUGAUUUAUGCAAAAUUUAUUUAUAUCUAGUUUUAAAUUAUAAAUGAAUGCACAUUUUUUAAAAUUACAUGGUACUGACUAAUGUAUAAAUAAUAAGCUCUCAUACAAGGUAUACAGAAUGUACCAAAUAUCUGUUUAUUAUAGUAGUUCACAUCAAGUUUAUGAAGAUUAGUUGAAGUUGUUUUUUUUCUAAUCAAGUAUGUCAACUUGGCUUUCAGCUUCCAUUCUGCAACAACAUGGGGGUCAUGCUGUUGACUUUAAAGGUGAGGCCUUCACUUUCAAGGCCACCACUGCUGGUAUCAUAGCAACCAUGUCACACUGUAUAGAACUUAUGAGCCAGAGAGAAGAAGCUUGGAAAAAAAGAUUAGACAGGGUAAGACAAAGACAAAAAGUGCCAUUCUAAAUACAGUAGAGCAUUUUCUGAACACUGAUGAUCCGAAACUUUGGUUAUCUGAACCACCCUGUCUUUUAAAAAAAUGUUAAUAAUGUAAGCAAUUUGCAUGGCAUGAAGCAUUGACUUACUAUUAUCGAAAAACAAUUCUAAGUACUAUAGCACAUUUCAUGUAAAAUAAAAUAAAUUUUAAAGCAAUAAAUUUGAAAAGUUGAUGAUAACAGUACAAAAAAACCCAACUAAACAAUAAUGAAGCAUACUUAUAUAAGGUAAGAAUAUAUUUUAUUAUAUGCUGUAACUUCUCCUGCACAACAUUUCUGUUGGAGUGUUCAGUUAUAUGAAGAAAUGGUUAUCCCAAUAGCCCCCAGGUCCCCAUUAGUUUGGGAUAAUUUUCUCCAUACUGUAUGUUUUCUAAUGGUAUGGAAGAUAAAUAAAAUGAAAUAAAGUGUUAUGUAUUUAUGUAUGCACAAAUUUUAAAGCAUACUCUGUAAUAUUUUAUUAUAUUUAAAAUUAAUUUCUGAUGGGCCUUUAAGUUGAUCACUUUGUGUUUAUGGAUGUGUUUUUUUUUUCAUGAGUAUUGGAGAAGGGGGGAUAAAAGUAUAGGCAAAUUAUGUUUAUAUUGAGAUUUAUGAAAGGAGUAGAUAAACUGAUCAAAUAUCAGUAAGCAUUUUUUAUAAUGCUGAAUUGACAGCAUGGAUAGAAAAAACAACUUUUUUAGUACACAAGAAAGAAGGUAUGAAGCAAAGUACACACUGAUGAAUAUAGCUCUAGGCAUAUUUAACAUAACAUUAUAAGAAGGGUGACUUGUACUUAUGUAAAUUGGAUCUUAACUACUAUUGAUUGCAACCUUAGUAUGUAUAAUCAAGGAAUUAGCCUCAAGCAGCAUCAGUAAAAAGGCAUCUAUUUGUGAGUAAAAAAAAACAACAUUGACAGUAAAAGGUACUAGCUUACGUUAAAAACAUUGAGAGUUAAUGGUAUUAGCUUGAGUUUGAAGCUUUUAUCAUAGCUUUUGAACUAAUAAAGGCUUCUUGUUAAGUACAUUUUAUAAUUGUGUUAUUAUGAAGGAAAAUGCUCCCAUGUUCAGUUAAAAAAAACCAACCCAUUGGAAUUCAUCAAAAUACUGUAAACUAAUUAAAAUUGUCAAAAUUAUCUUUUUUUUCUGCAUAGUUAAAGUAUAUCUUGACAACUUCAUUCCCUUGAAUUUUUCUAAUUUCAGGAAGUAGAUAAAAGAAAAAAAUUUGAAGAGUCAUAUAAGGCUUUAAUGUCUGAUAAAACCAAGAAGGUGAUUGUUGGAGGACCAGAUUACGAGGUAAAUACACCAAAAUAUUUUCUGAACUAAUAUUAAUAUUAUAAUUAAAACUUUGCUUUUAUGUUAAAUGAGAUCAUAAUUAAUUUUGCCAGAAGCAGAUUAGAUUCUAGGUAUUUUAUGUUUCUUUGAAUCUUGUUCUUAGGAAGGCCCACAUUGCCUUAUUCCAGAGGAUGAGUUUUACGAUGCUGUCGAUGCCACAUUAGACAAACUAGAGAAGGAAGAAGAGAAGGUAGAGAUGGUUCAUUUAAAAUAACUUUUAACUAGAUAAAAAAAUAAUUAAAGCCAGCGAUGUGGUCAGGUGAGCCAUUUACCAAUAAUCUUAAGCUUACGAUUGUGCACAUAUAUGCUUUAACCCAUGUUCCUUUUAUUUACAGAAGUGGAGCCUUGACUCUUUUAAAGACUCCCUCAACAAACCUGAUCAUGUGAUCUCACUAUCACCAUCCCAUCAUUUUUACAAGGAGGUAAGUACGGGGAUUGUUAUGUAUUUACUGUAAAUAUUUAACACUCCGAGCUGACCAUAAAAAAAUAUUUCUUUCAACAAAGAGACGGAGAACAACACCUUGUUUCCAUGUUAUUUGUAUUCAAAUGACCAUAGUUAUAAAAAUUGUUACUAGAAAAAAAAUGAGUCUACAAGAGAGAAAGCAAGGAACUCGACAGAUUAAAUCUACUUAUUUGUUACAAGCAUGCCUUUUACCUUUAAAAAAUAAAGUCACAGGAAAUACCUUCAGCACGAAAAACAGAAAGCAUCAUUCAAAUACUUUUAUUAAAAAAAAUUGAUGAAUUCUUUUCUAAAUGUAAACAAUUUUUUCUUCAUUGCUUUACACUAAAGUGAAACUAAACAUUGUGGAUAAAAGGGCUUUUUGGUACAGUAUGUGAGAAAUUUGUAGAUAUAAGAGAUGCACUAUUGCACUGGCGUGUAAAAUAAUUCUUCCCCAACACAUGGCAUCUGUUUGUGCAGAUCAAUGAAGUAGUGAGUAAUCACAUGCGGCGCCUUAUGACAGAACAGAUAGAAGAGAAGGUCGACUGGGUCUGUAUUGUUGACCAGGGGGAUCUCAAGGUUUUUAAGAGAGAGCUUGAGGAGAAUGGUGUACCUAUUGACCCAAUGAAGGCAGUUUGUACUGUCAAGGUAAGGAUCAUUAGUAUGACUAAGGAUGUUAAAAGAUUAUUAAAUUUCCAAUCUUUGGUUUUGAAAACAACUAUCAAUUUAAUAUUUUGAUAAAUCAAAGUGAAUGUCACUAAUGAAAGAAUUAAUAAACUAGGGUUCCCAAAUUAUAUUUUUGAAAAAAUUAAAAAAAUUAUAAUAAAAUAAAUAUUACCAUUCCCUUAGUUUUUUUAUUUUUCAUUAUCAUGCUCAUAAAUGUGGUCCAUAGUCAAAGGUGAAUAGUAAGAUAAGAUAAGAUAAGAUUCUUUUAUUGAUCCUAACAAAUGGAAAUGUUUAUGAUUGCAUUGUACAUUUUCAGCACAUAAUAAAACAAUUUGAACACAAGUAUAAUUAUUUCACUAGUAAAAAAAAACAACAAAAAAAAACGGCCAUUCAGUGAGUUGUCUUAUAUCAGGGACUUAUUAUUUCUCAUUAAGAUUUGUGACUUCAGGGGGAUCACGCUGGUAUAUUCGUACAGAUUGGGGAACAAAAUAAUUUUUAUAUCUUUCAGUCCUCGCCUUGACGGAAAGAAUUCGUCAAUUCGGGCCAACCCUAAGUAUUUGUGAUAAAGAGGGUGUAAUGCAUCAUCCAAAAUGUGUUUAGUUUUACAAUAACAUCUUUUUUCAAAUAGUUUUUCAAGUGAAGGAUGUUUAGUUUGUGUUAUGUUCCUAGCUUUCUUGAUUAGUCGGUUUAUGCUGUGUUCAAUAUCAGAUGUUGAAUUCCCACACCAGCAGGUGAUACUGAAAUUAAGCAGGCUUCCAAUUGUUGCACUGUAGAAUAAGUUAAGGACUUGUUUGUUUAAGCCAAAAUUGUACAAUUUUUUUAGGUAGAACAGUCUUUGGUUGAAUUUCUUAUACAGCAAUUGGCGUGCUCAUGCCAUGUUAGCUUAGUAUUAAUGGUGACACCUAAGUACUAAUAUGCCUUCACUUUCUCUACACUUUGAUUUUUUAUGUUGAGAUCUGUAAUCUGGUGUUUCUCCCUCCUGAAAUCAACAACUAUUUCCUUUGUUUUUGAGACAUUCAGCUGAGCAAAUUGAAAGAUUGGAACGGUACCGCUUGAGCUUUGAAUAUCAUUGGUAUAUAUUGUAUACAGUAGGACCAAAUUGUGAGGAAAAAAUCCCUGUCAAUGGCAACAUUUCCAUUAUUAUUUUUGUUUGAAAUUUAAAAAAAAAUUAAAAAUUAAGGAACCUUAGGCUUAUUUAAUUCAUUCAUUUAUUGAAAUUCAUCACUAUCAUGCUGAUAAACAUGGUCAUUGACAAAAUAAAAUGUUAAAAUAUUCCACAAAAUUAGUCACGUUUAUGGACACAAAUGUAAUGGAAGAGAAUAAUGAAACUUUCAGUAAAGUUAAAAGAUAUAAUUAUUGAUUUUAAUUUUGUAUUAUUAGGAAUAAAAUAGCCUUUAAUUUAAAUCAUAAGCCUACACACAUGAUCAUGUAUCACUGUUAUGUAUAAUAAUAAUGUAGAAACAUUUACUGCAUUGUCAUACUAAACAAAGCUCAACAUUUGUUCAACUUUUGUUUAAUCUGGGUCAAAUCUAAAUUUAGCCGAUAAAUGGUAGUUGCUGAUAAACGAAAAAUUUAAAUGUCGACCAAUAUGAACAUGAUUUCAAUGUCAAUGUAUGGUUUAGCACAGUGGUUGGCAAACUCAUUAGUCAAAUAAAAUUUCUAAAUGUCGGGUUCUAUAUUUUUAGUUUUUUUAUACCCUAAUGCAAAUGACACUAUUUGUACACAAUCCUGCCUCAGGGUAUCACAGGGCAUGAGGUUUGUCACUACUUCUGGGCGUUUGACACAAGAAUGGAGUGGGAAGGUAAGAAUCCCAAUUAAUUUAUGGGCACAUUUUUCUGUAGCUUAUACAUUUACUGGUAAAAUAGGUGACGCCAUUAGGCUAGUGACUAAAAUACAUUAUCUCUAGUUGUUUUAAAAGAGUUACGGUUUUUAAAUACAUGAAUUUUUUUCAUUUUUUUAAUUAAUAAAAAAGUUCUAUGUUGUAUUAAUUUAAUGUCAGUUUUGCAUAAAAUUCUUGACUUUGUGCAGCAACUCUUGAUGGGAGCAGAGUAGUUGAAUGGCUGUCCGAUGAUACAUUUAUUAGUAAUAAUGUGAUUAAAAGAGUCUGGCCAGCCUCACAAAGAGAUGCUCUCUUUUGGUCCCAUAUCCGUCACAUUUCCAAACGUAAUGAUGAAAAUCCUGACUGCUGGAUAGUUGUCAACUACUCUUGUGAACAUCCAGACUGUACAGUAAGUUAUGUUUUGUAGAUUUAACACUACUAUUUAGACAUUUGUUCACCUAGUCUCUACCAAUGUAUUUAUAAAACUUAGUCUAUAUAUCCAUUGAAAUAAUAGGCAGUUUUUUUUUGUUUUUUUUUACAUCAUUUCCACAUUGAUAAAGAUGGCUUUUAAUUAAUUCCUUUUUAUAAUGCAUAAAAAAAAGCAAGAGAUUCAUUCUUUUAUUACAAAAUGUUUUCUUGCAUCUUAUUUGAUUUUCUAUUCACAUUUUUUGUCUUCAGUGUCUAAGCUCAUUUGGAACCCUGUAUUAAUAUUUUAUCUCCAGCCCAACAAAUAUGUACGAAUAACCAUGAACGUGGCCCUAAUUUGUGAAACAAUUAUUGAGCCCCCUGCGGAUGGUAACAUCACACGGGACAACAUAACAUGUAAAAUAACAUAUACAGCUGAUGGUAUGGUCAUUUUGAUUUUUGAACUUUUCUCAUUUCUCUGUUUGCUUAGGUUGUAAACAAAUUUUAUUGCUUUAAAUUCUUCUCCAGAAAAAUAACUAAGGGCGAGCUUAAGUAAUAAAAAGCUUAAUCAUAUUUCUACUUUUUUUUUUGUUUGUUGGAAUACUACAGGAAGUUUUCCAUGGUGAAAUACACCCGGAACAAAAAUUAAUUUUUGUGAAUAUUCAAGUAUUAAACGAUGAAGAAUCUUAUAUUUUCAAUGAUGUAUAAUUCAUUUGGUAAGUGUUUUCUUGAAUUUUUUCCCCAUCUAGUUAAUCCAGGAGGUUGGGCUCCAGCUUCAGUUCUGAGAGCUGUGUACAAGAGGGAAUACCCCAAGUUUCUCAGGCGAUUUACAAGUUUUGUUAUUGAUAAAACAAAAGGCCAAGAUAUAUUGUUUUAAUGAAAUCUAUCGGCUGUUUCUAAAAGUUGACGGCUUGCUGUGGGUGAAUAUUGGUCAGGUUCACUAGUAAUCUGCCAUAUUGACUGAUAGGCCGGUCUGUUUAUAACAAAUUGUUUAAUUUUUAUUUAUUCCUGUAAGUUUUGCAACAAGUUGAUGUAUUUAUUGGAGCUCAGUGCACGUGUUUAUGGGAUUCAUUUUAAAUGGGAGCAAAUAUGUUACGUUUUGAUGUAUUAUAAUUAAAACAAACUGAAAUAAUCUCUCCAGGCAAAAGCUGGUGAUGUUGUGCAGGCCAUAACAUAGGUGUGGGGUGGUCAGCCAGCCAUUUGGUCCAGGC